CUGCAACAUUCAAUUCAUUGCAUCCUCCUUCAUCAAAAUCAGCAUGUCAGGCAACAUAUUCACUUUUCAGGAUUACAAAUCCACACCGGACCCCUUUUAUGAAUUGAAUGCAGAAUGUUUACAACCAUCUCCCGUUCCCAUAAUUAUAGAUAAUGGCUCUUUUCAAACGCGAGCAGGAUGGGCAUGCGAUUCUGGUGAACUUUCAGCACCGAGACUUCAAUUCAAAUCCGUGGCGGCCAGAAGUCGUGGAGCGGCGAGGAGCGAAACUCAGAUCGGCAAUGAUAUCCCAAAUCUCGAACCGCUCCGCUGGCUGCUUAAAAGUCAGUUUGAUCGCAAUGUGGUCGUUAAUUUUGAGAUUCAGGAACUGAUGCUCGACCAUGUUUUCGCGCAUCUGGGUAUUGCUACAGAGGGUCGAGUGGAGCACCCAAUGGUUGUAACCGAAGCUCCUUGCAACCCGCUGCACUGCCGCCAAAUGAUGUCCGAGCUUCUGUUUGAGUGCUAUGGUGUCCCACAAGUUAGCUACGGCAUCGACAGUUUAUAUAGCUUCUACCUGAACAACAAACAGCGAGGUGUGGACGGGCCUAUGACGGGACUGGUCAUCUCUUCUGGUUACCACUGCUCUCACGUGCUACCAGUCAUUAACGGCAGGCUGGAUGCGGUUAACUGCAAGAGGAUGAACGUGGGCGGCAGUCAUGCAGCCGGUUACCUCCAGCGGCUGCUGCAGCUGAAGUAUCCGGGCCAGCUGCCUGCCCUCACCCUCAGCCGCAUGGAGGAGCUGCUGCACCAACACAGCUACAUCGCUGCAGACUACCAGCAAGAGCUGGAGAAGUGGCGCAGCCCCGAGUUCUACGACAAGGAGGUGCAUCGUAUCCAGCUGCCCUUCUCGGCCAAGCAGGCGGGCGCCGCGGGGGCGGGAGCUGAGGAGCGGCAGGAGAGGAGAGCCAAUCAGCUGCGUCGAUUACAGGAGAUCAACGCACGCCGCCGCGAGGAGAAGAUACAGCAGGACCAGGAGCGACUGGACAACCUGUUGGCAAUACAGGAGCUGUUGGAGGAGGGGCUGCUGGACCAGUUCCAGAGGCGUCUGGUGGAGCUGAACAUGGACUCCGCGGAGGAGCUGCAGUCCUACAUCCACAAGCUGGGCAUGAACCUGGAGAUCAACCGCCAACGCAGCCUGCAGGAGGCAGCAGAGAGCAGGGCCGAGGCUUUAGAGCUGGAGCAGUCCAUGGAGGAGGGGGAUGGGGGAGGAGAAGGUGACUCGGAGCAGAGGGAGGACAGCAGUGAGGCGGAGAGACCACUCACCACGUCCCAGCCGGCGAUGAAGUUGGCAGAGUACCACCAGCUGUUUGUGGGCACAGAGAGGCUGAGGGCUCCAGAGAUCGCCUUCCAGCCCUCCAUGAUCGGAGAGGACCAGAUGGGGCUCAUCGAGACGGUGCAGUUUGUGCUGGACAGAUAUACUCCAGAGCAGCAGGGGGCUCUGGUGGAGAAUGUCUUCCUGACAGGAGGGAACCUGCUGUAUCCGGGUGUGCAGGACCGCAUACAGAGAGAGAUGCUGGCCAUCAGACCUUUCCAGUCAUAUUUUAAGGUGCGCCUGGCGUCCCGGCCUGCGGUGGACGGCUGGUACGGGGCGCGGGAGUGGGCCCUGCACAACCCCCCCAGCAGCAGCCCUGGUGGAGCAGCAGCAGCAGCAGCAGCAGGGUGGAUCAGCAGGCAGGACUACGAGGAGAAGGGGGGAGAGUACCUGAGCGAACACUGCGCCUCCAACCUCUUCAUCCCCAUGGCCAUCAGUAGACCCACGCCCAGAGCCAGCGAAGCCAGCUCGGCCACGGAGGGGACAUCAGCUACCAGCACUGAGGCAGCUGCUGUCGGUGGACAAACUUCUGCUGGAGCCGGAGUUGAGAUCAUGGACACGACGACGAUGUCAUCAGUGACGUGUGACACUAGUGUGUCGCUUACAGACACCGCCAAGAAGUCAUCUUCCACAACAAAAACACAAGCACUCUUGACUUCAUGAUUUGUAGUACAGCAAAAUGUUGCCAUCCCUCUGCAGCGGGCAGUAGCACACCAUGUAAGGGUCAGUAGAUGACCAGAACAUGAACAGUUAUUGGGUGCAUGUGUAUGUUGUAAGGCUACAUAUCGCUACACUGCCCUAGAAACGCAAAGUGCUGUAACUAUGUCUACACCAACACUGCGUGUGCCACAAGGAUACUCGUCCCUACACUUUGGCGCCAUUAUUCAUCGGUGCCUGAAAAAAUACACCCCACCCACCCAUUUUUGACACCUGAUGCAAGUUACAUGCAUCAUCAUUUCGCGAAAUACUUGCGUCACACAUGGUAUUUUUUACACAUACCAUACCUAGCUCACGUUGACUAUGUUAGCAGCCUACAAUGUAAAUGGAAUGCUGUAGUACACACCUAGUGGUACAGGUGGACACAUAGUGGAUAGUAGUGUUGUGAUUACUGCAGAGGCACCCAGCAGUGCUCUGGGAAGGUGUGUCUACUACGAGUAGCUCCUUCUGUCCUCAUGGAUCUUCACAGCACUCUUGCUGAUGUACUUCAUUACUUAAAAAAAAUAUUUUAUGUAUUUUUCUAAAUAAAAAUGUUGUUGUUUUGUUCAUCA